CAGCAGAUCACCGAUCAACGGAAAGAGCUGAAGAUGUCGGCUCGGUCAUGUGAUCAGCUGUGUCCAAUCACAGCUGAUCACAGAUCAUCAGAGCACUGAUGAUCAGUGUGCCCUGAUGAUCUGUGUAGCCCCAGCAGCGCCACCUGUCAGUGUCCAUCAGUUCCAGCUCUCAGUGCUCAUCCAUGCCACCUGCCAGUGCCCAUCAGUGCCACAUUUCAGUGCCCAUCAGUGCCACAUCAAUGCCACAUAUCAUUGCCCAUCUGAGCUGCCUUUCAGUGUCACCCAUCAGUGCCAGUCAGUGCCACUUAUCAAUGCCAGUCAGCGCCACCUAUCAGUG